UUAUUUAUAGAAUCCUCAAAAAAAAAAAAUCAAAAUUAAUUACGCAAUAUAUACCGGCACACAGAGUAGGAAAACCACUCUGCUUCUUGGAGGAGACGCUCCUUUUGCUGAUUUCGGGAGCAAUUCGGUGAUGGCUCUGGUGCAAGGAAAAUGGAUCAAGCUGGAGCAGAAGGGAACUGGGCCUGGGGCGAGGAGUUCACACUCCAUCGCUAUCGUAGGACAGAAAGUCUACGCAUUUGGAGGUGAAUUUAGUCCACGUCUUCCCGUUGACAACUACAUCCAUGUCUUCGAUCUCGAAACCCUAACUUGGUCCGUCGCUGAUGUAACCGGCGACGUCCCUCCGCCACGCGUUGGUGUCACGAUGGCUGCUGUGGGUCCCACCAUCUACGUGUUUGGUGGUAGGGACGCGACGCAUAAGGAGCUCAACGAGCUUUACUCCUUUGACACGUGUGCAAACAAGUGGACUCUCAUCUCUACUGGCGAUAUGGGCCCACCACAUCGGAGCUAUCAUUCCACGACGGUCGAUGAUCGACACGUGUUCAUCUUUGGAGGUUGUGGUGUCGCUGGCCGAUUGAAUGAUUUAUGGGCCUUCGAUGUGGUUGAGCAAAAAUGGGUCGAGUAUCCAACGGCUGGGGAUGCUUGUAAAGGGAGAGGUGGGCCUGGGCUGGCUGUAGCCCAAGGAAAGAUAUGGGUUGUGUAUGGUUUCGCUGGAAAGGAGGUGGAUGAUGUGCACUGUUUUGAUCCGGCCCAGAAUAAAUGGGCCCAAGUGGAGACAACUGGCGAAAAGCCCACAGCUCGGAGUGUGUUUUCAACGGCUGGGUUUGGAAAAUACAUAAUCAUCUGUGGUGGGGAAGUGGACCCAAGUGACUUGGGCCACUUGGGUGCUGGGAAAUUCUCUGCUGAGGCCUUUGUAUUGGACACUGAGAAUUUGGUCUGGAAACGUUUGGAUGAUGGGCUGGGCUUGGAGAAUCAUCCUGGGCCUCGUGGGUGGACUGCUUUUGGGAGUGGUUUCUUGAAGGGCAAGGAAGGGGUUUUGGUGUAUGGAGGGAACUCCCCUAGUAAUGACAGGCUUGAUGACAUUUUCUUCUUCACUCCUUCCUUGGACGCAAUUGGGAAUUAAAAUUCCUCAUUCUGAUCAUUGAGGUUUGUGUAUGAGUUUAUGGAGUUUCUAGUGCUAUUAGCAUAUGUGAUUAGUAAUAAUGUUGAACUUGAAAGGCUGAAACCUUAUAAUAUGUGGUAUAUUUAUGGUUGUUUUUGAUGUGUA